AUGGAAAAUAAAAAUACACACAGAAAAGUUGUUUUUAAAUAUAACGAAUUACUUUCUAACGCGAGUUGUAACAAUGAUGGUGCCGCCAUUAACGAAUUUUACGAGUAUUUAAGUGACGUAUCUCAAAACAUGCAUCCAGCAAUCAAUCCAAUCGAAGGAUGGUGUGUUCCAAAUGAAAAAAGAAUACCAAUCAUAAUUUCAUCAUAUCAGCCCCGCGGAUGUGUUAACUUGCAUACUAUUAGAACUCUCAAUCCAACAUUGAAAUGGGUAACUGCAAUCGGAAUUUCAUCUGCAAUUAACUACUUGCAUCGUAACCACGUUUAUAAUCUUAACUUAAAACCAAGUAACAUACUUCUUAGUGACGAUUUCCGUCCUAAAUUAUCUGAUUACGGACUCACAUCCAAAUUACAAACUCAUAUGAGGCCAAAUCAAAACAUUGGAACCAUAAUUUAUAUGGCACCAGAGUUGCUUACCAAACAAUUCUCCAUUACACCCAAAGCUGAUAUCUAUUCCUUUGGUUUAAUUUUGUAUUUAAUUUUCGCAGAAAGAUGUGCUUAUAAUGAUAGUGAUAAUCCACUUACGCAGAUCAUGGCCUUCUCAAAGGGAGUAAGACCACACAUUUUCGAAGGUGUUCCUCCGGUUGUUGUCGAUCUUAUUAAGCAAAUGUGGCAAACUAACCCAGAUUACAGACCAACGGCUGCAGCAGUAUACGAUAUGCUUAUUAAUGGCGUCAGAGACCUUGUUGACAGCCUUGAUUUCGACAUUAUUGUUCCAUAUCUUCGCGAUAUCUUCGAUUACGAACACGGAUGUGCCUUGGCAUCAUUUGGAGAUGCAAGAGGCAAAUUCUCUGCUAUGAAAGUCCUUUAUAACAACGUUGAUACACCAAAUAUCCAUAAAAUGUGUUUGGAAGAGAUCAAAAUCAUAGCAGAUGUAGGAGAAAGAGAUGCCCGUGCAUUCAUGGCCAAGAUAACUGGCGACGGAUACGAAGAUUCCAAGGAACCAGAAAAAGAUAUCAAACUCGACCUCAAAAAGAAGAAACACAAACCGAAAGCAAUGCGUCCUAAGGUCCCCAACAAGGAAAUUGUGGAAGCAGCCAAUUCCGGUGACAGAGAAAAAAUCCGAAAUCUUCUUAACGACGAUGUCGAUGUUAAUUCCAUUGAUAAAGAUGGCGAUACUGCUCUUCAUGUUGCCUGCAAGAAGAAUGACCUUACUUUGGCCCAACUUCUCCUUAGUAUUGAAAAAAUUGAUGUAAAUUACCAGAACAAGAAAGGAUAUACACCUUUGCAUGAAGCUUCCAGAAUGGGUGCAUCAGAAAUAGUCAAUGCUCUGCUUCUUGUCAAAGGAAUCAAGCUGACUGUUCCAGAUAAGAUGGGAUACUCUGCUUUGGACUGGGCGGCUAAGGAUGAGAUCAAAACUGCUUUAACUAAAGCAGGUGCUGAAUCAUGCAAAGCUGCAACUAAUGCUCAAGACACAAAGAAAUAA